AUGGAGCAGGACUCGGCCAUGGCGCAGUGUUACGGGUACGGCGGCGACUCUUGGGUCAGCAUCAGCCCCUACAACCACAGUCCCUAUGACGAUAGCCCCAUGAACGAGUGUGCCGGGUUCACGCAGUUCAUGUCCCAUCAUCUGCCUGAAUCUACCAACGGGAUGCCUCCGCCGUCCCGCCACCACCUCCAACUGAUACAGCCCGCUCCGCCGGCCAUGUGCCAUCACCAGCUGCCCAUGCUGAACACGGCCUGGCCGAGCCAGCUGACGAACCCGACCCCUACCUCCGGACCGCCCUCGAACCCUGCGCCACCCCCGUCCGCCGCGACUCCGGGCAAGGGAACAAGCACCUCGCAGGUUCCCGAUGUCGUCAAGCAGCCGGGCCAGCCUGACAAGAUACCGAGGAAGACGCUUAGUGCGGAGCAGAAACGGGCCAUGUGCCAGUAUCACGAUGAGAACCCGGGCACAAGACAGGCAGAUAUUGGAGCCAAAUUUGGUGUAGAAAGAAGCACUGUUUCCAAGGUGCUUAGGCACAGAGACCAGUAUCUGAAGCGCGAGCAAGACGCAGACUUCGCCUUUAAACGCGCCAAAGGCAAGCAUCCCGACUUUGACAGGACGCUCAGCAACUAUGUCCGACGACAGCAGCAGAGGGGCUUCGACAUCGAGGACGACGAGAUCAUGGAGCAGGCCAAGUUGUUUGCCCGCGCGAGCGGCAACCAGGAAGGUCUCCUGAGCACACUGACCGGCAGCUGGCUCCUCAAGUUCAAGCAGAAGCACGGCAUCGGCUCGGGCCGGCUGAUGCGGCGGGCGUCUGAGACCAACAUUCCUGACAGCGCGAGAAUGUCCACGGCCCUUGCGGCCCUCCAGAAAGUGACGACAGCGAUGACGCCGAUGCCGAGGAGCGCCGCAAUUUCGCCCACGUCGCCCACACCACCGUUGCUAUCGCCCUUGUCCUGGAGCAGGAGUGACGAAGACCUACAUAGGGAGACGCUCGACUUCGAGCUGACGUAUCGGGCCCAGGGUUCUCAGCGGGACACGUCGAUGGCCAGCGACGAAGCUCCUCGGGGCAAUGGCGCCUCGACUCUCUCGGCCUGCGACACCAUCAGCCCAGCCGCCUCGUACAACUUCUCCCCUGAUCCCAGCAGCGCCGGAGCUUUCCCCUUGGAACACCAAACCGUGCCGGCGAAUAAAGUAGGGGACGCGCCGGGUCUGCACUACCAACGCGGCAAGCGCAGCAAGACCUUUCCAUCCAUCGACGUCAGCUUUGUCCAUCACGAGACGGUGGCAACGGAAGCGCUGGCCGAGCCCACGACACCACGACAUCAUCCACCCGUUUCCUCCCCCUCCUCGUCUGUCCAAUCUCCUGCUAGCGACCUCCGAGCCGCAGCGUUUGCCGUUAAUACGUCCCUCACGUCCCCGCCCUCUCUGCACCGCACUAGCAGCAACUCCAGCUUGACGGGCCGGUCGUCUGGUACCCCCGUCACCGGUAGUACCGUUGCUGGCACCAUGUUUGACUCGUCUUCUCCCGAUUCCCCUACACUGGAGGAGGCCCGGCAAGCUGCCAACAUACUACUCAGCUACAUUCGGCGGAUGAGCCCCAUCGGGCAGUUUGACCAGAGCGAAUUUCUCGCCGUUGUCCAGCUGACGAACAAGCUACAGCUACAGCUACAGCAGCAUCAAAGCUCGCGUCCCUCCAUCGGCGGGCUGUCGAGAAUUCCAGAGGGAGAUCACGAAAUGCCACUGUCUGUGGACGCGGCCACGGAAGUGAGGUGA